UUGUUCAGAAGUCUAACAUAUAUUCAUGGUCUAUGCAACCGUAUCCAUCGCCCUGUGGAAUGGUCGAUUAACGAUUUUAAUUUCAGUGAGACGAGAGAUUUCCUUCAGUUCCUCAAACGUAUCAAUUACGAUCAUCGACAGUGUCCGGAAAAUGCUGCUGGAGGUAACACCCUGUAUUCAAAAAACUACAUAAUGGUUGAGGUCUCAGUAGUGGUCAGCAACAUUCGAGCUGUGUCAGAGGUUACAAUGGACUAUGCCCUCGAAUUGUUCUAUCGUGAAUCGUGGACAGAUGAUCGGCUCAAAUUCAAUAUUUCCCUCUUCAAGAACAAGACGAAGCUGGCACUACACGAGAGCUACACAAACUUUCUUUGGUUCCCGGAUACAUUUGUGCCGAACGCAAUAGCAUCGAAAAAUCCCCAACGCAACAGUAUAUCUCAUCGAUCGCUUCUAAGGCUCGAGAGCAAUGGGCAACUGCUCUACAGUCGCCGCAUAUCGCUAGUUUGUGAAUGCACCAUGGAUUUGACCCUCUUCCCUUUUGACAAGCAAUUAUGCAAACUUGGAAUUGAAAGCUAUGGAUACACCGCGGAUCAAGUGACAUACAAAUGGUCGUCUGGUUCAAGACCUGCGUUGAAACUUCACAAAAUCCGAUUGCCAGAUUUCACCAUCAAGGAAGCCUACGUGACCAAUCAAGUAGAGGUCUACGCCACCGGUAACUACUCUCGUCUCUAUGUGUGCUUCGUGUUCUCUCGUUCGUCCGGUUUCUGCUUCCUCCAGUUAAUUAUUCCUUCGACCGCGGUCGUCAUUACGUCAUGGGUCUCUCUAUGGAUGGAGAGCGAAACCGAGUUUCAGGAUAUGAUAUCGAUUAUUUUGGCAAUCACCUUUCUAAUAUUCUCAUACAACGAAAUGAUGCCUCGAGUCAGUUACAUCAAAGCAAUGGAUAUCUAUCUCGGAGUUUGCUUCAUGAUUGUUUUCCUUUCUUUGAUCAAACUCGCAUUUGUGAAGUACAUGCGUCAGAGGCUCAGAAUGGAAAGGUGGCUACACUUUAAACCCUCAUACGACUUUUCAAGGACUCAAUACGUGACAGUGCCUAUAGCGGAUAUGGAUGAAUCUUUCGUAACAGACGCCCAAAAGGAACGACUAGGUGAAAAAAUGCUCAAAAUGAUGGACAUUCGUUUCACGCCAAAAACUAUGCACAGAUUUCAAUGGAUGUCACAGAUGCUGUUCUUCUUCGGUUUCGUCAUCUUCUGUCUUUUUUACUUUCUAGUCUAUCCGAAUUUGCACUUUGUCAGCAUCGAUCCCACCUGUGAUAAGGCUCAAGCAGAAUGGUUCGCUGAGAUUAUCUAA